AUGCGAGAUGUGCGAGAAGAAACUAGAACAAAAAUCGAGCAAUUGACCGUAUUGGGAUACCAUGUAAAAGAGAUGUGGGAAUGCGAUUGGAAUCGCAUGAUACGAACAGAUCCUCAACUGAAAAAAUUUAUCGAUACAGUCGACAUUGUCACACCUCUCAACCCUCGCGAAGCCUUUUUUGGUGGUAGAACCAACGUAAUCAAACUUCACCAUAAAGUUGAAGAAAACAAACAAAUCAAAUACAGCGAUAUGAUUUCGUUGUACCCAUGCGCAAACCCAGAAUGUGAGUACCCUAUUGGUCACCCUGAAUUCAUUGAUCAACCCGGGACCAUAGAUAUCUCCAAAUAUUACGGAUUGGUAAAAUGUAAAAUUUUACCCCCCUACGAACUAUAUCAUCCUGUGUUACCAUACAGAUACGACUCCAAACUCCUGUUU